AUCCAUUCGCUUACUCAGAGAGUCUAUCAGCUGGUGAAAGCCCUCUUCCCAAUUCUUCCAGGCGAGGGAGAGAACAUUAUUUUGCAGAACGAGGAGAAUGAAGGACAAGAAAUGUAA